AUGACAAUACAAACCUAUUUUACAGGUGUCCUUAUAUUCGGAGCUGCUUUUGCGACUCGGCUUAUUCUUUUUCAAUUUUCAAAUAUUACAGAAACUUUAGGAAGUCGUGUGGAAAUCAUAACUCCUGUAACGAGUUUCAUUCGACGUACUGCACCAUUAUUACUUGUGUGUUUUCAAAUGCUUGGUUAUUUACCAAGUAUUUUUACAAAAUUAACAUUUAUAUUGACAGAUCUUAUUUUAGCUUAUUUUUUAACAGAUAUAGCUAGAAUAAAGCAGCAACUUUACAAUAAUUUUCCUAGAAUCGAAAUUGAAUUGAAAGAAAAUGUAUCGAAAGAAAUAGAUCCAUGGAUUAUUGCUGGAUUAUAUUUAUUUAAUCCGCUAACAAUUGCAUCAUGUCUUUCACAAUCUACAAUUAUAUUUACAAAUCUAUCAAUAGUUCUUGGAACUUAUUAUUCACUUAAAGAUAAUAAAAGUUAUGGAAUGUUUUGGAUUGCAAUGGCAACUUAUUUAAGUUUUUAUCCAUUUAUGUUGAUUUCGCCAUUAAUUUUAAUAUUAAUAAAUCAUGCUAAAUUAAGAGAAAAAAAUAUUAAAAUUGAGAUUUUUGGAUGUAUUGUAUUUUACGUUGGAUGUUUAAGUGGAUUAUUAAUUUUAUCAUAUCUGUUAAUUGGUUCUUGGGAUUUUUUAAAAGCUUCUUAUGGUGUUAUGUAA